AUGUAUUUAAAAUUAAUUUUAAAUACUUUCUUUCUGCUAAUUUUGAUAAAUAUUUCCAUUGGGAUAAAAUGUAAAUGCCCUGAAAAUGGAAAAGAAAAAUUGCGUCAUUCCCGAGUUAAGAGAGGAUGUUUUUGUGAAUGUUUGGGUUUUGGGAAAAGUCAAAAUAAUUCUGGAAAAAGUUCUGAAGACGAAAUUGAAGAAGGUUCUGCAGGUCAUCACGAAACAGGUCAAGUUGAAGGUUCUUCAAUAGGUACUAGUCAUAGUUUUCAACAGGAAGAGACAAGUUAUGGAGGAGCAACCGAUGGUAUAGGUUAUGGAACCCGUAGUUAUGGUUGGAAGGAAAUUUUAGGAGGAAGUAAAUAUUUUGGAGAAAGUCAAGGAGAAGAUUCUUCUAUAAAAGUAGCAAGUUAUAGCUAUGAUGAAAGAGUGCCGAAAAAUAUUGUGAAGAAUAAAGAAGGAACCCAUGGAGGAAAAAAUUCAAUGGGAGGACGUUAUAGAACUUCUAAAGGUUCUGAGAUAGAAAAAGUUAAUGGAAAAAAGAAAGCUUUGUUCAUUUGCGAGAAUCAUUUCUUCUCACUUGCACAAUUACAUGUAAAUUAA